AUGGGAUGUGGACUUUUUGUUGUCGUUGUUACUUCUUCUUCUUUCUUUUCAUGGGCUCAAAGGCCUGGUCCUGGUAGAAUUUCUGUACUAAAAUACCAGAGAGAAGCAAAAAGCCCUCCAAUCCCACUACACGUGUUUUCCCUCCACUGGACCGUCAUCAAAACCAGUUCAACUCGUCGUGAAGCCACAUCAAAGAAAUACCUCGACUUUAUCUAUCUGUCGCUUGGUUGGUACCAGGCAAGCAAUGGCGUCGACGAUUUCUCUGUACCACCUUCUGACUCUCCCGCUAUAUCUGUCCUUGUUAAUGGUCUUUUUGGCGGAAAGAAAGAAAAUAAUGAGAACAAUGAUGAUGCGCCUUCAAAGGCAGGAGGUCUUGGAAACAUGCAAAAUCUAUAGGAGACUGUGAAGAAGGCACAAAUGGUUGUCCAAGUUGAAGCAGUGUGGGUGCAAAAAGAACUUGCUGUAGCAAAGUUUGAUGGUUACUGUGAAGGGGAGUUAAUAAAGGUUACUCUGUCUGGGAACCAGCAACCUGUUCGCACGGAGAUUACUGAGGCUGCAAUGGAAUUAGGACCAGAAAAACUUUCGCUUUGAAUUACUGAGGCAUACAAGGAUGCACACCAGAAGAGUGUCCAGCUGCCCCCUGAUCAUCACCCUUGA